AUUUGACAGCAAAAAGAAAGUCAAAACUUAACCAAAAAAAGUAUCAAAAUAAACAAAAUUAGAUCAUCUUACUUAAGCCAAACUCCAGCAUUGGACUCGAAAUAAAAUGAGCAAGUAACGAACAACGAAGACAUUAUUAAAAUGAUUCGUUUAACUAAAAUAAUAAAAAUAAAUAACACGAAAAAAUAUUUUAUCUUGAAACAUUUUUGUCAUACGGAAGCAUCAAAUAAUCAUCAUGAUAUUAUCGUUGCCGGUGGAGGCAUGGUUGGCUCUACCAUGGCCUUAGCAUUAGGUAAAAAUUCAAUAUUGAAUUCAAAGAAAGUAUUAUUGCUGGAAGGCAGACCACAAUCAAAAAUAGCAAUAUCGGAAACGUACAGUAAACGUGUAUCUGCGAUAACGCCAUCAUCUGUUGAAUUAUUCGAAUCAUUGGGUGCAUGGAAACAUAUACAACAAGUUCGAUAUGCUCCCGUUAAUUGUAUGCAGGUUUGGGAUGGAUGUUCAGAUGCACAAAUUACAUUUAACCAUGAUGAUUUUGAAAAUUUGGCGUAUAUUGUUGAGAAUAAUUUAAUUUUACAAUCGAUUGAAAAAGAAUUAGCAUCUUUGGCCGCUGGUGACAAUUCUUCAAUUAAAUUAUUUUACGGUGCGAAAAUAAAAUCAUAUGAUUUACCGACAUCUAAGGAGGGAGUGGCAAAAGUUACUUUAGAAGAUGGUACAACUUUCACUUGUGAUUUAUUGAUUGGAGCAGAUGGAGCAAAUUCGAGGAUACGAAAUGCAAUGGGAGUACAUUAUGUUCACUGGAAUUACGAUCAACGUAGCAUUGUGGCCACAUUACAUUUAGCAGAUGAUAUGCCAAAUACAACAGCGUGGCAACGAUUUACACCAGAUGGGCCAAUCGCUUUGUUGCCUUUAACAUCAAAAUUGAGUUCCCUUGUAUGGUCUACAACUUCUGAAAAUGCACGAAAAAUUAGCAAAUUACCAAAUGAUCAAUUCGUGGACGCUGUAAAUGAAGCUUUUUUCAAACAAUUUCCACGCGAUCAACUAGUUGACAACUUAUCAAAAGGAAUGACUGAUUUACUUACUAAAUUGAAUGUAAAUCAGAAUAAUAACGUUCGACAAUUACCACCGCAAAUUGAAGGGGUUGAUGAAGGAAGUCGAGCUGUGUUUCCAGUUGGUUUUGGACAUUGUUCAAACUAUGUGAAUCAUGGAGUUGCGUUGAUUGGGGAUGCUGCACAUCGAGUUCAUCCAUUGGCCGGUCAAGGUGUAAAUCUUGGCUUUCAAGAUGUUGCUCUCUUAACAAAAUUAAUUGAAGAAGCUGUUUAUCGAGGCUCUAAAAUAGGUAACUUUGCAUUAUUAAAAGAGUAUGAACGGAAAUCACAAAUUAAUAAUGUUCCAACUGUAUUUGGUAUCGAUGCUCUACAUAAAUUAUAUUCAACAACGUUUAUGCCAUUGGUAUUGGUAAGAAGUUUAGGUUUACAAGCUGUUCAUUCAUUACCUCUAGUGAAGAAAUUAAUAAUGAAGUACGCACAACGGUAAAAAGAUUUCUGUAGCAGUAAAAAAAAAUAUUUAUUUGUU